CUCCCUAUUAAUUGAAAGCGUUUAAAGCAUUCUUUACAAAGCACAAAGCUCCUCUGCUUCAUCUCCUAACCCACUCUGCUCUCCAAAAAGAACAGAGGAAAACAGAGAGAGAGCUUUCUCUUUGAAGCUUUUUCCUUUAUGGUAGAGCACAGUUUUAAUUAAAAAGAAGAAAAAAAAAAAAAAAGAAAAAGCAGCAAAAGAGAGUGAGAGACUGUCACUUUUUUUUUGUUUUUUUGAAUUUCCUGUUCCUCUUCCAACUGACAACAAAAGCAAAAGAAAAUGUGGCCUCCAAAACUUUCAAAUUUCAUCCACUUACUGUUUCUUUUUUCUCUGUUUCAACUACCAGCUUUUGCAAUAAAAAAAUGUUAUAUAGUGUACUUGGGAUCACAUGCACAUGGUUCUCAAGUUACAGAAGAAUAUCUUGAUCGUGUCACUGAUUCUCAUUAUGAUUUCCUUGGCUCUUUCUUGGGAAGUAAAGAAAUAGCGAAAGAAUCCAUUAUUUAUUCCUACACAAGGCAUAUCAAUGGUUUCGCAGCACAACUUGAUGAGGAAGAAGCAGCUGAAAUUGCAAAGAAUCCAAAAGUGGUCUCAGUGUUCUUGAACAGAGGAAGAAAAUUACAGACUACACAUUCAUGGGAGUUUAUGCUACAGAAGAUUAAUAAUAAAGUUAUACCAAAUUCACUGUGGGAUAAGGCCAGGUUUGGUGAAGAUACAAUCAUAGCAAAUCUUGAUACUGGUGUUUGGCCGGAAUCACAGAGCUUUAGUGACAAAGGCUUCGGAGCCGUUUCAUCAAAGUGGAAAGGAGGCUGUGUAAAUGACCACGGCCAUAAUGCUGUCACUUGCAACAGGAAGCUGAUCGGAGCAAGAUACUUCAACAAAGGCUAUCUUGCAUAUGCAAAGUCUAUAAACUAUUCAGUAGCGGGUGUGCCGAAUUCUGCAAGAGACCUCGACGGACAUGGAACUCACACUCUAUCCACAGCAGGUGGAAACUUUGUUCCCGGAGCCAGUGUAUUGGGAGUUGGAAAUGGAACAGCCAGUGGUGGUUCACCUUUAGCCAGAGUGGCUUCAUAUAAGGUAUGCUGGCCACCAAUCAAUGGCAGUGAAUGCUUUGACGCUGAUAUCAUGAAAGCAUUUGAUAUGGCAAUUCAUGAUGGGGUCAAUGUCCUAUCUAUCUCCCUUGGUGGGGACCCGGUUGAUUACUUCGAGGAUGGUCUUGCCAUUGGAGCUUUCCAUGCUGUCCAAAAUAACAUCGUUGUAAUUUGCUCUGCUGGCAACUCUGGCCCUGAUCCUGGUACUGUCUCCAAUGUCUCUCCAUGGAUGAUUACUGUUGGUGCUAGCACUUUGGAUAGACAGUUUCAGGCUUCUGUUCAACUUGGCAAUGGCUUGAAUCUCAUGGGAACGAGCUUGUCGAAAGGUUUACCAGAAAACAAAUUGUAUCCAUUAAUGAGUGCUGGUGAUGCUGCAUUACCUGGUGUCGCUGUUGAAGAUGCCCUUCUCUGUAAGUCAAAAUCACUGGAUCCAAAGAAGGUGAAAGGGAAGAUUUUGGCAUGCCUGAGAGGCGAAACUGCAAGGGUGGCAAAAGGAGAAGAAUCGCUUCUGGCUGGAGCAGUAGGGAUGAUCCUUUGCAAUGACAAGCUCAGUGGCAAUGAAAUUAUUGCUGAUGCUCAUGUUUUGCCUGCUUCACAAAUUAAUUAUACAGAUGGUGUUGCCGUUUUUGCCUACAUCAGUUCCACAAAAGAUCCAAAAGGAUAUAUUACUUCACCAAAAGCAGUACUUGGUACAAAGCCUGCUCCAUUCAUGGCAGCAUUCUCCUCUAGAGGGCCAAACACUAUCACACCUGAGGUCCUUAAGCCUGAUAUUACUGCCCCUGGAGUAAACAUCAUAGCUGCUUAUAGUGAAGCAGUAAGCCCUACAGGCGAACCUUUCGAUAAGCGCACGAUUCCUUUCAAUGUUGAAUCAGGCACAUCUAUGUCCUGCCCUCACGUUUCUGGUGUUGUUGGCCUCCUCAAGACACUCUACCCCAGUUGGAGCACCGCUGCAAUUCGAUCUGCAAUCAUGACAACCGCAAGAACUAAAGAUAACACAGGGAAGCCAAUGCUCGAUGCCUCAUAUUUGGAGUCCACUCCAUUCAGUCACGGUGCUGGACAUAUAAGACCAAACCGAGCAAUGGAUCCUGGCUUGGUCUAUGACCUUACCAUCAAUGAAUACUUGGAUUUCCUUUGUGCUCUCGGAUAUAACCAGACAUUGAUUGCAGCUUUUGCUGAUGAUCACGAAUGUCCUAAGAAUGCCAUGAAUAUUUAUGACUUCAAUUAUCCUUCAAUAUCAAUAGCAAACCUGUCUGUAACUACAGGCUCAUCUGUGACUGUGACUAGAAGAGUGAAGAAUGUAGGAGCUGCAGGGACUUACGCAGCCCGUUUGAUCAGGCCUGAUGGAGUUACACUUUCUGUCGAGCCUAAUGUGUUGAAGUUUGAAAAUGUUGGUGAAGAGAAAAGCUUUAAGGUCACACUAAAAGCAAAAGGAAGGGCAGCUGGGAUUAGGAUCUUGAAAGCCAAGAAAAAACGUGUGCCUAAAAGAUAUGUAUUUGGAGGGAUAAAUUGGUCAGAUGGCAAGCACUAUGUAAGGACUCCAAUUGCAGUUGGUCUAGAAUUUUGAUCAUUUGCCUAGAUAGAAGUGAUAAAUAGGCAAGGUUUAUUCUUAUUUAACAUUAGGAUUUUGAUGGGAUAAGAAGGUCUUUGGUGGAUGGUUCUCCAUUGAAGGCUAAGCUAGCUCAUAUAGCUGCAUAAAGUAGGUGAUUUGCAGAGGUUUUGAUUUGAUUUUCUCAAAUUUUAAUGACUCCUUUUGAAAUUUGAUCCUCUCUAGCUAUUAGUUUCUUGUUUCAAUUUUAAAACUAAUUCUAGAUUUUCUUCUCAAAUUCAAAGUACAUAUUCUUGAAACAAUAUUCUUAUGAUUUUAUCCCAGGGGUUGUUGGAAAAU